AUGAUUGCAGAGGUAUUGCUAGUUCUCGCAGGCCACUCUUCGUCUCUUGAAGCCCUUGGACACAUAGCUUCCAGAUACCGCAAUAUAAAGAAAGCGUGUGCGACCCUCUCCCGGUCCAAGUCGCGUUAUGUCUGCGCGCUCUGCGCGACGUUAAACCAGAUCCUGAAGGACGAGUACGAAAAACUUGUGGUAGAUACAGAAGCCAAGGUCUUAAAACGCGACCCUGAUCUCGUUGCAAACGGGUCUUUCGUGCCGCUUUCAGCUGUACGAGCGACUUUUGCAGAAUGGGACUCUCCGCUCACGGCGUUAGAGACCUUGAUGAAUCAGCUACAGGCUCAGAAGCACUGGAAGCCCGGUCCCCUGAUUGACAUGUUGCUCGCCCGUUCAAAGACUGGUGUCUAUCGAAUUGCCGAUAUCAUAUCACGCCUUUCUGUCGCCGUCCAACGUGUCUGGCGGAGCCAGCUGUCCGCUUUCGUGGUUCAUGGGUCCCUUGCUUCCUCUGAUCCUUUAGCAUCGGAAGAUUUUACGCUUUUAGAUGGCGCUAUGCCCUCUUGCGUUUCUCCCCAAACGAAAGAAUCCAUCGUUUAUGUGGGUCGGGCCAUUGCGACCAUAAAAGCCAAGAAGUGGCAGAAUCAACUACCGCGUGAGCAGGCGCUUGAAUAUGCCAAUCUAUUGGAGACCGUCUUACCCGAGGAUCAAUACAAAUUCGACCUUGUGAUCUCGCAGAUCAGGACAAAUGUCAGUGAAUGGCUAUGGCUCAACGUUCUGACGCGGAAGGACGUCGAAGAUGCCGUUAUAUCGCUGGCAAGCUACUUCCUUCUGCGCAAUGGCGAAUUCAGCUUGGCGCUCAUUCGUGAGAUUGAGCGCUUGAAGAUAUCACGGCUCACGACACGAUCAGGAGUCGCGUCACGUCUCUUGGCACAAGCCGCCCAACAUGAUCCAUCCCUUUUACAUCUCCAUUUCGAGCUCCCCUCUGGGCCCCUCAGACCCCUCCUACCCUCAUUGGCGAAUUCCAAAGCACUAUCUUCAUCUGUCGCUAGUAAUUCACCCGAAACCACAUCCUUUGAUGAUCUCCUUUUAGGCACAAAUCUCGUACUAUCUUUCUGCACGCUUCAGGAUCUUCAGAUAUACGCAGCUCUUUUCAACUACCUUUCUUCUUUACGCAAAACCCACACUCAAAUUCACACUUGCUGGACCUCGCUCUCUAACGCACAACGUGCGCGACGGCGAUGGACAGGUCUUGGCGAAGGUGGUACUGCCGAAGACCUCGAAGCGCGCAGAGAAUUGUUACGCUGCGGGUGGGGCGUCGUGAGGGAUAUGGGAUGGUUCCUUGACACGCUUCUCGGUUAUGUCAUGGUCGACGUCAUAGACGUCGAGUUCAGAAGACUGAAAGAUCUCUUGGGAAACCCAAGUCGCGGACGUGCAGAGAGCGUAGGCAAGCACCCCAGUUCACAGAACAUUGCCGGCCAAGCCAAUGCAGACCCCUCGACUUACCUUGAUUUCACCACGCUUCGAAAUAUCCAUACGACGUAUCUUGAACGGCUACUGACGGGGUGCUUGCUGAGCAAUCCCGCUCUUACUGCGAUUCUUCGGCCGAUUUUCGAGGUGUGUGAACGAUUUGUUGCGCAGGUCGAGAGAUGGGGUGGAGACGUCCUGCCUGCAUUGUUGUUUGAGGGGAGUUUAGCACCUGGUGGGGAUGAUAAGGUGGGUGCUAUGGUACAGGAACGGUUCCAAGUAGUGUCAGAAAUCAAUGAGAGCCUUCAUAAGCUGCUUAAUUUGUUCUACGAGCAGCUGUCGCUCUCAACUUCUCAGCAGCCCUUCACGGCCACUGGUGAUAUCCUCAAACGCACGUCCAUCCGAGGAAAGGGGUCCAAGGGUUUUGAGGGAGAGGGAGAAGUCCGCCGGCAUGUUGAGAGACUAUUGCUUCGGCUGGACUUCAACGGGGCAUUCUCGAAGCCCAGAGCUGGUGCCAGCGAAUGGGAAGGUGGAAUAGAUAUCCUUUAA